GCUCCACUCGGUCCUGUGCUAAACUUAGCCCUGACAGUACCACUCCUCAUCACAACAUACUCUGCAGACCACACUGGGUUACAAUGGAUGGUGUCGUGUUACCGCAGAUGCUGCUGUAUCUCACCAGUGCCGCCGGCCAAACAAGAUGUAGACUUAAAGACUGCAGGUUUUUCUGUCUUUCACUCUCUACACUUGUAUCCCUCUCUGUCGUGAUGGGCAGCUAUAGCUCAGCCCUCGUUCCUGAGACUGAAGAGUUUGAUUCAAUUGUGUCAAUCGCGGAGAAGCUGAAUGAGCAGGUAGCUCAUGUUGCAGAUGAGAGGUUACAGUCAGAGCUUCAGAAUCUGGUUACACUCAUGAUGGAGGAGGAAAGAAAAGAAAACCACAGGGAAGAGCUGGAUUCUUCAACACUUCAAGAAAACUCUCAGGCAGCAAGUCAAGCACCCAAACGUCUGCCCGCACAGUCCUUCUCCUCUCUGUUACCGAAGGCCCUCUCUGCUGUGCUGCAGCCGGCGCUGAAGCAAGGUCCGAACUCCGGCCCUGGGCCAAGCACAGAAUCAGGGAAACACGCUCCACCAAACCUGGAACAACUGCAGACAGAGCUGAGAGACCUGAGGGACCAGUUUGAUCAGAUGAAGAGUCAGCACAACAAAGAAAUUAAACUGCUGAUGAAUGAGCUCGAUGAGGAGAAAAGGAUUCGCCUGACUUUACAGAUGGAGAUUCAACGUAUGAAGAAGCACAUGUCUAAAUGAGAGGACUUCAUCAUCUUCAAAGACGAGAUAUCCCGAUUUGACCAGACGUAAAGGUCCUGUUGUACACUUACCAGAUAAAUGAUAUUUUUCUAAGUUUUAACAAAAAACAUCCUUGCUUCUUUUUGAUGAAAAGUUAUUCUAUUUUUGUUGUUGGACUGCCGACUGCGUCAUUGCUGACAGUGUAAAAGUGAAGCACAGUGGGAGCAGACAUGUAAAGACACUGUUGACGUGACAGAGGAGUAUCUGUUAACCAGUUAUACAUCCAGUUUUGUUUUAUUUAUUUCUGUAGAUGGACUCUGACAUCUUUAGCAUCCUCUGGUGGUGGAAAUGUUUUAUAAAGUGUCUUGAGAUUUCCAAGAAGAGGAAAAUUUGUUUUCUGUUUCCUGUGGGAACCCAGAUUUAUAAAGAAUGUUAGAGAGUUCAUCGUUGUUUAAUUGAAUUUUAAUAAUUGCUCCAUUAUCCAGUGGAUCCAUCUGACAUAUACACACACACACAUAUAUAAUAAUGUGAAUGUUGAUGACACAAAAACUUGACAGACUAAGCUGUCAGUGAAUUCAUCGGUUGUUGAUGUGUAGAAGCUUUGUGAACUCAUUAAAGAUGUCGUCCAUUA